AUCUAUAUCGAAAGAGUAAACAAAUGUUUUUUUGUUGUUGAAACAUUUGUAUUAUACACAACUGCUGACAGAAUACAAUACUUGUAAUAGUUAUAAGAUUUAAAUGUAUAUAUAAAACUUUUAUUAUGCCUACUGUUAUUUUAUUAGACGUUUCCCUGUCUAUGUCUCGGCCCGUGCCGACGACGGACACGACAGAGAGCCACACUCGAUUUACGUUAGCUACAGCAGCUAUAAACACGUUUCUAGACUACUUAUGCAUCCAUGCUAAAUUAGAGUAUGUCGCAUUAGUGACCUUCUCUUCAGUUUAUGAAGUUGCGGUUCCUUUCACUCGUGAUUUUGAUACUAUAAGGACAAAAUUACCUCUACUGGAUGAUGGAGACAAGACAUGUAUAGAAACCGCUCUUCAUGGAGUUAAUCAGCUGAUACUAAAUGAAUGGGGUUACCAAACACCAGUUCAGAUAAUUUUGGUUACAGAUGGCAGUAGUGGUGUGGGUGCAAUUGGCAGGAAUCGCAUAAUCCAGGCACUACCUCUUCCACCAACCUACCCUGGAAAGAUACAUGUGUUGCCAAUAGUAUCUCCUCAUGAUUUAAGCUUGCAAUAUGCGAUGCCAAUUUAUCAGAAAAUUGUUGAUCUUGCAUGUAAUACAACCAACAACUCCAAUAGUAAUAUAAGUCGAGGUGCUAUCUAUACUCCUGAUCAGUUAAAUGUGCCUGGUGUAAUAGCAGCGAUGACUCGACUAUGUGAACAGCAUUAUCAAGAAUUUUGGUGCACUCUUAAGUGUGGACAGCUUGAGACAAGGGUGCAACUAUUUCCAGCUCCACAUCCAGCUUCCCAAGAGGGCUUAUCGGGAAGUUACACAUUAUCUAGUCAACUACAUGUAGUUGGGUUCCUACAACAACAAGACUUAGGUACACCAAUAGCAAUAAGCAAACACCUCGUAAUACCUCAAGCUCAAAUAGGUAGCAACACUGCACCUCGUGAAAACUAUGGUUCUAAAACACCCACUAAGGAAGGAAGCAGCACAGAAGGAACGUCAACAGAAGAGGACUCCUCCGACCCCAGCAAAGUUUCCAACUUCUGUGUUUUAUUACAUGGAGCACUAAAGGUAGAAGGCAUGUCUGCGAUAGUCCAGCUUGGAGCGGACUGGUGGGGCACAUUAUCAGCUUGGUGCGAAGUAUCGAGAGCUCGACGAUCAUGCUUAUUACUGAGCGUCCUUAGACCUGGAGCCUCGGCUGCACCAUGGCUCGGACCACUGGACCAAUUGGGACCUGUUGAGGAGAACUCUACUUCUACGGACACGUUCCCCGUGCGGUCGUGGCGCUCGUACAGUGGGGGCGGCUCGGGCUGUGCGUGGGCGCGCCCGCACGCGCUGCUCGCCGACGUCCAGAAAGUUCUAAGACACGCUAGGAAGUUGCCGGACAAAACUCAACACCUAUAUAAGGAACUCAACCGAUUACGCCGUGCAGCUAUAUCUCUUGGCUUUGCUGAGCUUCUCACAUGCGUGGGUAGCGCCCUAGAGCGGGAAUGUACCGCACUCCCGUCGAGCGCGCCCCCUGAAUGUGCUUUACAACUCGCACAUGCCGCAGCAGCAUUACGGGAUCCCAGGACGGCACUUGAUAUAAAGCACACUCUUCAACCACUUGCUACAAAUUUUACUGUUACAUCUAUGUCUCAUUAAAUUGAGAAUUAACAACAAAUAUAAUUAAACUUUCUUAAACAAACGAUAUUCUAAUCUAAAAUAAAUACGGAUAUUUUAAGGAA